GCAAUUCUCUGCGCUAAUUCUUCCCCCGCUAUGAAAUUUUCAAAUCCCACAAUCUUUCUCUCUUUCCUGUUCAGCUGCCAUCGCCAUAACAAUCAAUGAAUCCAGUUCUUCGUUUCUUUAUGCUGCCUACGCUCUCUCUUUCUCUUUCGGCCAUUUCGGAUCACCACACGACUUUCUCUUCGUCCCAAACCCCAAACCAGAUCCUAGUUCUUGUUCGAUCCUGUUCUUUUCCCCUUUCCCUUUCUGGGUCUUGUCUGUUUCUUUGCUCCACACAAAAUGGAAGAGAUCCACCUCUGUUUUUGACCCAUUCUUUCAAUUUCUUUACUGGGUUUUCUCGUAAGGGAAUGAUGAGUAAAUAGAGCUUGUUUAUGUUCUAAUUUGUUGGGUAUUUUGUGGGUUUUGUUCUGUUUCUUUGUGUUGGUUUAACCCUUUGAAUGUCUUUGGCUGUUGGGGCGGCUUUGGAUUCCAAGAACAUGGGGUUCGAUGAGAACCGUGAGGAGGGAGAUACAUUGGAUAGCCAUGGGAAGGGGAAUGAAGCUGAGAAGACUGGUGAGCAAAUGAGUGAAAAUUCUGUUUAUGCAACGGAGGAUGAGGGUGAUGAUGAAGGAACCAAAAUCGAGUUGGGGCCUCAACUCACAUUGAAAGAAGAGCUUGAAAAGGAUAAGGAUGAUGAGAGUCUGAGGAGGUGGAAGGAGCAGCUUAUUGGGACUGUGGAUUUAGAAAACGCUGGAGAAACUGUUGAGCCAGAGGUGAAGAUUCUAAGUCUGUCAAUAGUGGCACCUGAGAGACCAGACUUGGUUCUUCCCAUUCCGGAAGACGGGAACCUGAAAGGGCUGUGGUUUACCCUGAAAGAAGGCAGUCCUUACAGCCUGAAAUUCUCCUUCCAAGUCAAUAACAACAUUGUUGCAGGCCUCAAGUACACCAACACUGUCUGGAAAACUGGUGUCAAAGUUGACAGCUCCAAAGAGAUGCUUGGAACUUUCAGUCCCCAGGUAGAGGCCUACACUCAUGUAAUGCCAGAGGACACCACGCCCUCUGGCAUGUUCGCCCGUGGAUCAUAUUCAGCAAGAUCUAAGUUUGUUGAUGAUGAUAACAAGUGUUACUUGGAAAUCAACUACACAUUUGAUAUCAGAAAGGAGUGGGCUGCAACAUAAUAAGGCAAUGAUUAGCCUGAGGAGCAGUGAUGUUCUGUUCUUAACCUGCCAUUUUAGUCAAUUAAUUUCUCUUUUAAUUACAUGUAAUUAUAAUUAAGGCCAACAAGUUUGUUAAUUGCUAGGUAUAUGCUGCAUCCAAACUUUUACAGGUUUCCAGUGGUUGGGAUGAGAAGCUGAAUGAAUGGAAAA